CGGUCACGUGGUGUGACAAAAUGGCUGACUAGAAUUGUCGCUGUCUAUCGCUUUGUUUUUCUUGGAAGCCGUUUAUGCGGAUUGUCGUAUAUAAACAUAACACGGAGGAAUAACAUUUUUUCAGCGUUGAUUUAAACGAUCCAAGGAAAUUUGCUUUGCUUCCUUCGAUCAGUAUCGAGAGAGUAUGAUCUCGGUUAUGUGUUUAUGGGACACGAACUAACCUAUCCACUUGUUUGAAAUCUCGUCUCUUGCGUCGACGAGAGGAUUCCGUUCAUCGUCGAUUCAUGUGAUCGGUUCGUUGCCGAGACACUGAGAUAUUGAGACAUGGCAGCGCCCGAAGCGAUACAAGUCAGUUCCCUCCCAUUACCGCCCGUUCAAUAUAUCAAUUUGUACACGGACGAGAAUGUUCGUCGUGGAAGAGCCCCGCGACCACCGCCGCCGAUACACGAUAGCUACUCUAUGUUCGGUAACGUGUUUAAUGCGGAUGACACGAUUAUCAGGCCGUUGGAGGCUCAAGGAAUCAAAAGACUGUACCCGCAACACUUUGACCGACGACGUGAAUUGAAGAAGCUCAAUCAUUCUCUGCUCGUAAAUUUCUUGGACUUGAUAGAUUUGCUUGUCCAAUGUCCCGACAGUCCCAGACGCGCCGAGAAGGUCGAAGAUUUGAGUUUGUUAUUCAUCCAUAUCCAUCAUCUGUUGAACGAAUUUAGACCGCAUCAGGCCAGAGAAACAUUACGAGUUAUGAUGGAAUUACAACGUAGACAACGUCUUGAAACAGCAUUGCGUUUCCAAAAACAUCUUGAAAAAGUUCAAGAAAUAUUGCAACAUGCCUUACAGAUGCUUCCCGAUACUUCAGAACUAGACUCUAAACUUGCAAUAAAUACAGAUGUUAUGGAAUCUGUUGACAACAUGGGUUUUAAACAACAAACUCAGGAUCCAUGCAGUCCAAGUGACCGUAUUAUGUGCAAAGUGAUAGAUGAUAUGAUUUCUUCGAAUGGACUAUUUUGAAUAUCAAUUAAUUUAUCAAUGAAUACAAUAUAAUAAUUUUACAUAU